GCAGAAUAUUAUACUGCAAUACAUAAAUGAGCUAUGAGCUAUAUGUAGUAGCCUGGCGGUGGAGUGGCGAGUAUAGGUGCAGCCCCCGCCGUGUCGCUGGCGGAGAGGAGCACGCUGAUAAUGGCACGAGUGUAAACAAACAUGGGGGAGGAGGAGGCGAUGACCUGAGACACAGCUGAGAUGACCUCUACAGACCACCCUCCACCUGAUGAGGAGGGUGUGGAGGUGCUGGAGGCGGAGCACGUGUACAUUCUCAUGAAAAGGGAGUACCGCAUCUCUCGCAAUGUCCGUGCUGAGUGGUACCUGCGCCGCAUCAACUCCAUCAUCACUUUCCCCAGGAGAGAAAAACUUAGUGACAAUGAGGAGGAACUGGAGGUGGUAUCAGUCCUGCCAAUGGACGUGCCGCCAGAGUGGGACUCGGACACCGCCCACCUGUACCGCUACCGCAUCACCCAGCGCUCCACCCUCCACUUCCUGGCCCGCAAGUACCGACUUGUCUUCUGCCUUGACCUCUCACCAUCAACCUCUAUUGUGGACGAGACCAAGAGCAGUGCCGUGCUGGACGAGGUCUUCACCAUGCUCCGGCAGUGUCUCAGGGGUGUGGUGCGGCCAUUCUACAUCCCAGGGAGCCUGCUGCUGUUCCAGCCAGAAAUCUACCUGACCAUCAUUGCCCACACCCCAUUCUUCAAGAGUCAGUCCCAGCAGGUUUUGGUCCAGGGGUGGCUGCUCAUGGAACGCAACCUGGAACAGUUCCUGGACAGCAUACAGCUUCACCUGACCAUGCUGGAGGCUCAGCUGGCACAGGCCACAGCACAAACAUAUGGACAGCUGGGGGAGGAGGUUUUCCUGCAGGCACCAUCAUCAGUCUUGCCUAACCCCAUGGUGUCUCCAGACAUUGGCUUUGUGGACAUGCUGAGAUACGGCAUUGUGGCGCUGCAGCUCCUGCCAGAAAACAGCAGUGCAGGAAUUGUGGUUAUCACAGAUGGUGUGAUUGGUCUACCAGAUGCUACUGUGUUCGAUUCUCUCUUGGUUCAGCUGAGAAAUCAGACCAUUGCUUGCAGCUUCCUCCAGCUUGGCUCUAUGUACCAGCCACAGCGCUCCUUUGGCUACAUCCCCUUCACAGACCUCAUGAACUUCCUCGCUACUGCCACCUGCGGAGCCUACAUGCCCACGCUGCCCCCUGUGGACAAUGACUAUGAGUACGACAUGAAUGACUACCACAAGUCCCUGCUGGCAUGGGGCUUCCAGAAGGUGACUCGUGAGCUGUGUUCUCCCGAUGGCGAUGAUGCCGAGAACGAGGAUGUAAGUCUGUUGGUGCCUUUGACCCGAGAAGUGACGGAGCUGAUGAGGAAGAAGGAACGAGAGACCCAGCUACACACCUCACUCAAUGCUGUGCUGUCGUGUCGUCUCAGGGAAGGUUAUGCCAUCAAGGAGGUGGCCAUUGUUGCAGACCAGAUUCAGCUGGUGUUAGUGUUGCCGUGGAAAUACUCCAUUUUCAUUGAGUACCACAUCCGCUCAGUCUGGCCGCCCACACAGUCCUCAGUGUACACAGAGGUCUGGAUUGAGGGGAGGCUUGGCCUACUAGAUCACACUAGCCCCGAGUCCCCCACCACAGCCACCUACGAGUUCCUGAACGACGUGACCAGCGACGCCAACCGCCAGUUCCGUUCCAAGUACCGGCAGAGCAUGGUCACAAAGUACUGGCACACCUUGCAACACCUGCGAGGCACUGACAUGCUGCUGGUGGGCCUGCAGUCCUUCUCAGCCAGCCCCACCUAUUACACCCUGCCUGACUGCAUCAAGAACGGCCACCCGGUCUUCUACCGCAACCCAGGCCAGCCACAUUCUAUUCUGGACGCCAAUAGUGAGCAGUUCCCACAGUUCACUAACUUCUGGAGGAAAGUGUGCAGUUUGGAGACCAACAUCUGGCAGAAAUGGAUGCACAUCCACCGUAUUGGUGUCAUUCUGGAGCAUGACCACCCACUCCCCAAGAACCUGCACAUCACCAGCACCAGUGGCAGGUACGGCAUUGUGCAUUGUCGUCAGGCUGAGCUGGCUCUCACAACUCUGCUGGUGGAGUGGUGUGACUUUGUCCUCAUCGAGAAUGACUCCUACAUCAAGUUCCUGUACAAAGACGGGGAGCUGGACAAGCCUCCCGUAUCCUUCUUUGUGGUGCGGAUCACUUCCAAGCCGCCACCCUGCCUGGUGAUCCGCCUGGCCUUCCUGGGAGGGACGCCGGGACACAUCAGGAAUCAGAUGAUGACAAUUAUAAAAAACAAGAUCCAGGGGCUGACCUUUCCACUGCGAGUGACCUUAACAGAGCGCAGCAAGUCACUGCCUCCCACCAUGCACACGUCAGAGGACAAGAUGAGUGAGGAACUGACCAUCUCUGCCUCGGGUGACCUGCAGCCCACAGCGGUGCGUCCCAGCCUCUCCCGCAUGUCCUCCAACAUUCCUUGCUGUGUCAUCACCUACAAGCCGGUGGAGAAGAUUCUUAUAUGGUACGACAAAACACCCAGCAACCUUCUCAGCCCUGUGGUGGUGGAGACUCCUCCAGGGGUGGCAGCAGUGGCUCGCUCCAUGGCCGCAAAGCCUGGACCCACUAAGUCUGCUACACACAACAUGUCGCUGCUCUCCCGCUAUCUCCACCAUCGACGUUGGAUCUGGGCUGUGCAGCCUUCCAGCGCCCCAGCUGUCUCCCUCUCUGCUGUGGCUCGCAUCCUCAACACACUGACCAGAAUGCGGCUUCAGGAAGGCUUCAACUUUGCCCACUCCUGCAACGGCAUCAUCACAAUGGUGCGGGAGUUUGUCAUGAAGCUGGACCUGUGUGAGGAUGAGGAGGAGGGCCUGCUGGAGGGGGGACAGUACACCUUUCCUUGCAUUGCCCAGUAUGUUCUCUUCCCUCCACACAUUACCAACAGCAGCAGGGACAGCGUGGUGGAGGAAGACUGGGAGGAAGGUGAGAGUGUAGAGGCUGACGGAGUGAUGGAAAUCGUGACGGAGUGCUGGGUGGAGCCUCAGAAUGGUGUGGUGGCUUUUCCUUCCCCACAUGCACAGCACCUCAACCACUGCAGCUACAGACAGUUGGCCCAGGCGUUCUUCCCUGUGGACCAAAAAUGCAUCUGGAGCAUGAUGACCGUGGAACACCUGCUGCAGAUGUGUCAGGGGGUGACAGGCAGCAGUGGCGGUUGUGCUCCUGAUGGCUCUGACCCCCACGCUGACCUCCCCUUCCUGGAUGACACCACCACAGAUCAGCGCGUCCAGCAAGUCCCCUUCUGCCUGGACCUGAUUCACCUGCUGCCCAUGUGUCAGCAGGCAGAGCUCCUUGUGUCUACUUAUGUUCAAGACCUCCUUAGUAGCCUGGUGAAGCGGGUCACCUUCCACUGUGACACCGCAGUGGACGAGGCCAACCGCACCCUGUAUGACCUGCUGCUGGUGCACAUCAAGCAGCUCCACCGGUGUGAAUACAACUUGAGUCCUGCCGAGCUCCUGGCACUCCCCGGGGUGCUGCAGGACAGACCCCGGCCCCCUGGAGUGCCCCCCUCCCUCUUCUCCAACACCAAUAUUAAAGGCAAGACAGAAGAUCCACCAAAAUGGAAGUGUUUCUUGAAGGGAGUGUCAUCCAACCACCUCCUCUUCACACUACUGCCAGCCUCCUACCACGACCUCAAGCUGCUGCUGGUGAAGGUUGCCAACGUCUCAGAGCCCAACAACCUGGCCCUCAAGCUGGUGCCAGGAGGAGCCAGCAUUCCCGACCUAGACACUGAGACCAACACUACAGAUCAGCCUGCUGGGGGCCCUUUGUCAGAGCAGCACAUUUCCUUUGAAAGCAGCACAUCCUCCCUCACACACAUGACGUCCCCAAGUCUGCCCCCAACAACCCCCACCAACACACAGGCAGCGCCCCCCGACGACCACACACCGUCCAGGAUGCGCUACAAGUCAGGACCAGCACCACACACCAGCUCCCACGUGGUACAGCCGGUGUAUGCAGAUUCCCACGUCCGGGAGAGGGCCAGCUCCUUCCACGUGAGUCAGGAGCGGUGCAACUUCUUCGGUCAGAGCACCAGUGCAUCAGAAAGGAACCGAACAGGUUCUGUGGACUCCCCUACCAAGGAGCCUCAGACAGUGCUGCCCAAGACCACCUCACCCAACGAACACAUCCGGAAGAGAUACAUUUCCAUGCCCUCCAAGUCCUUCGCUUGCUCGUUCACUCCCUCCAGCAAAAGUAUGUCCACAGAGGGCCUGAGGAGUGAGGAGGGCUGUAUUCCUCUUCACAUACAGACAGUGGGAGAACCUGGGGAGGCACCCUCAGAACACAGGAUAUCCAGCCUAGACGACAGCUCUAGUGCCGGCCCACCGCCACCCUCCCACCAGCCUCUGCUUGGCACCGUUACCCUGCCCAUCUAUGUGUACGACUGCAAGCUGACCAGCAUCAUCACACAGCUCAUCAACAGUGAGGACCGCACAGGGGUGGUGGGGAGGGACUUGUAUCUCGACUCCACCUCAAGGCUGGAGUCUGUGUUGCAUGAGGACACAGUGCCCCUGAAGGGAGGCUCAGGUCCCUCAGCUACCACCUCGCCCACACCCUCCAACACCAACAGUCCUCAGGACGACCAGAAGCAGUCCAAUGCUGAGCCACGAUCAGAGGAAUCCGAUAUCGGAGGAGGGGACUCCAGCUGCCUGUACACCCACAUGAAGGCACUGGAGGUGGCCUACCUGCGCAGCUUUGUGCUCGGGGUGUUCCAGGGACUACAGAAGGAGUUGGCUGUGCACCAGAAUGACAUACAGGCAGCCCUGGACCACUGCCAUGAAGCUGUCAUGGAGAUUGAGAUCACCAACUUCCUCCAGGCCAUCUGUGGACACCUGCGAGACUUUCGACUGCGCCUGGACCUGGAACACCUACGUCAGAGGCAGCCCAACCCAGCCUCCCAGUCCACCCCUCUCGCCAAGGUACUGAAGCAAGAAUCUGCAUGUGAGGCUACAGACACAGCUGCUGCCAACAUCAGCAUGAGUAGCAGCACCAGCAGUAGCAGCACGGGUAGCAGCAGGUUUCCAUUGUCACUGCUCAAGAGACACCACCCCUGCCGAGACCUCCAACAGCUGCACACCAGCAUCCGAGAGCGCUUCACCACCAUCCUGCUUGGCUCCUUCCAGACUGUCCCAGCACUGCCAGAGUUCUACUACUUCUGUCCCCGCAACCUUCACCACUCCAGUGAGGGAACACCAGUGGAAGAUUUCGUCUAUGUGUCAUCACGGGAAUUGGAACUCUGGGAGAAGAACCAACUUGACCCGGCCAAGCAGCAGAAAGCGAGGAGCGUGUCGGUGAGCAAGAAGUCUGACGUCUUCACUGAAGGUGAGGAAGACUUGGAGGACGACAACACAGUCAAUGAAGGAGAGGAGGAAGAUGAGGAGGAGGUUGAUGAUGACGACCCAGACAAAAGUAUUGAAUUCCGCUCUGAGAUUGGCAGCACUGUGUUCCAGCGUCUGCACAGUCAGCUCACAGCACUGGAUGGGGACGAGGACAAAACGUCAGUGAUAACAGAGCAAGACGAGGACCUGAGCACUCUCCCAGACAACCAGGAUCCUAUAGAUAGCCACAUUCCCCCACUCUUCCUCCACUUGACAUGCACCAUACGUAUAGGGGGCCAUGUACAUGCCACAAUCUCCCUCAAGAACUUGCCCACAUGUCUUGAUGAAGUGGCGCAUUCCUUGAGUUGCUCAGACGUGAACUUGUCCUCACUCCGAAUCACUCUGGAUGUCCUGUGCAUGACGCUGCCGCCCGCCAUGGCCACCAAGACUACUUCAGACACCCUGGAGUCGGCACUGGAGUUCAGCCGUUCUUUCCGCACCAUCAGUUUCUGCUCCACCACGUCCCCUCAGCUGAAGCGUGGCAGGUCAAUCUCAGAGUCCACCUGUGCUUCACUUUCUGAUAUCGAUGAAUCCUUCCUUGAGGAUGAAGAUCAGCUGGCCCACCUCCCCAACUACCAACACCAGGCCAUCCUGUCCACUGUGGAGGAGAUCAAGUGGCUGCUUCGGGAUGAGAUUGCCUCCGCCAUGUUACACACGUGUCACCUGAAGGAGGCCAACCUGGAGAUGGUGGUGGCACACGUGGAGAGUUCCCAUCAUGCUCGGAACUGUAUCUCAGAGUCCAUCCCUCUCAAUUUUGUGUGUGGCAUGGAACAGAGCAAAGAAAGGUUCAUGCAGGAAUUUGGGCGGCUGAGUGUGGUGGGUCAUCACUUGCGGCAGGAGGGGUCCUAUUACUACCUGGUGCAGGACAAGACACAGAUGAGACGCAGGCACUUCGCCUCAGUGGUGCCGCCUCUCAGCUUCCACAACCAGUCCAUUAAUUUCAGGCCACAACCCCAUGCCGAUGACUCUGCACAGCUGCGACAGAUGGACUCCAGCUGCCAGGAAGCCAAGGCCAGCCUCUCAUCCCCCGACACCAUCCGCUGUCCCUCCACCAGGUUUCAGACUGGACGAGUUUCCUUUGACACUGAACGGCGAGUGUCAGAGAGUCUGGGAGAAGUGGAGGGUGGAGGAAUACAGCGUGGAGAGGGCCCAGAGAAGGAGAAGUGGACGCGACGAAGGGAAAGGAAAGAGAGGAGAGAUUCUGAGCGACGAGGUUCCAUCAACACAUCCGACUCUGACUCAGACGUCCAGCAGGUGAGAGGGCCUUUCUCCCGAGAGUCAUCGCACCAGUCCCAUGACUCCCGACAGCGGUAUUCAGAGUCCCCAAAGAAAAGCUCCAGCCUCAAUGCAGCCAAGAGAGGUUCAAAAGGGCACAGUGAAAGCAAGGACAAGGAUAGCAAGAGUGACAAGAAGGAGGAGAAAGACAAGAACACAGACGAUGAUGACAAUGAAGACAACAUACCCGGACAUGAAGUUGGCGCAGCAUCAGGGCAGCCUCAGGAGACACAGAAAGGGAGCUCUGAGCAAAGCCAGAACUCAGAGCCACAAGAGACCUCAAUGAAGGAUCAGGAAACAGGGGAGGAAACUCAGCAGCACAUAGCAGACUCAGAUGGUGUGUGUGGGGAGGCAGCUGAAGGCGACAGUAAUGAGCCAAAGGUGUCCACAGCUGCUGGGGAGAAAGGAGACAUGCCUAUAGCUAAAGACAGUGAAGAGAAGGGAAGUGCUGAGGACAAAGAAGUUGUAUCCAAAGGUGAAGAGAAAGGAGAUAUGCAGGCUACAGGUGAAGAUCCUCAUGCAUCGCCGAGAUCUUUGGAUGGACGCAGUGUAGAGGUAGAAGACGGGGAAGACAUCGCUGCCUCCACUGACCUCCGAAGCAAGGACCCUUCACAUCGCCUCUCCCUGCCACUCAAUGAACUCAUCAGGUGUGGAUCUGAGAGCCUUCCACGGCCACAACCAUCAGCAGAGGUGAUCAGGAAGUCGGCCAGCACAGACAGCUUUGUGCCCAGCAUCACCGAGGCAUCUGUUGACAUCCUGCGCACCCCACCCACUGCCACACUCACUGCCAGCACCAGCGGAGGACUGUGGGCAGAGUUCAUGAAGAGUCGACACAAUUCCUCUGAUGUGCUAAAGAGUCGCAACAGUUCGGGGGCCAGCGUGGACCUGCUGAAGAGCCGCCACAACUCAGGUACUGGCGGGGACCUCCUGAAGAGCCGACACAACUCAGGAACUGGAUCUGUGCUUGGUGGCCCUUACUCUGAUGUGUCCAGCCUGUUGGAGUCUGGCCAGACCACGGAGGACGGCUGUGAGGGGGACAUCAGUGACUCGGACAAUGACUGCUCUGAUUGGCUGCAGGACUUUGAGUUGGUGGAGCCAUUCCUGCCGGAGUUUUGGCUUAUCAUGAGGGUGUCUGAUGAUCGCGUUGACACAUUCUUCCACUGCAGGACAGAGGUGGAGCUGGGACAGUGGCGGAGUGUGCAGGUAGACAUGGUGCGCAACGUGAGGGCACUGGUGAAGCUCGUCAACCAGGUGCUGCUGCUGCAAGACCUCCACAACACUCGCAUGUGUAACACCCUGCUGGAACCCGAGACAUCUGAGGAAAUCUGGCUACACGAAGACACUAAGGGCAGGAGUGUGUACGACAGCGAACCUGAGUAUCGAGCAUUUCUAGAAGCCUCCUUCAAGUUCAAGCCGGGAGCCUUUGCCUGCCGAACAGUGUGGGAGACGAGGUUUGAGUUGCACCACAAGGUCUGCACUGGUAAGGUGGGCAGCAAAGGCAUCCUGGCCCUGCGCACCAUCCUCAACCCUUUCUCUGUCAACAACCGCAAGAACAUGUUUGUGUACGAAGAUAAGUCCGGGAAUGGCUCUCACGUGUUCUACCUCAGACUCAAGGAGCAGCAGACAAGCUCAGUGUCGCCUCAGGUGGACGGCCGCAGGGAGGAGGCAGGACUACCCCACAGCGCCUCCGUGUCAUCUCUGGUGAAACGCGGCAGCCGAGAAGAUGACCCUCAGGUGGUGAAGACAGAGCUGCGGCCACGAGUUAGCUCAUUUGGGGAGAAGGACGUGAUCAUGGAGGGCGUGCCAUCGACACCAGCCCAGCGCCGCCGCAGCCACUACAUUGUGCUCACCGUCCACGGCAUUGCUGAGCCUGGACCGGCCAUCAAGGAGGAGCUGGUGCGGAUGCUGCAGAACAGACUGGAUGAAGCGGUGGUGGAGGCAAUCUGUCUGAUGCUAUGGAACAACCCACAGCAGAAACUCACCUUAGAGGACGUGCACUUCAUCCAACCUCCCUACCAGCCCCCAAAGACCAUCAUCAGGUUCACCAUCAACGCCAGUGCUCUUCCACAUCUCCAAGCUGUGGGUUACUACUUGCGUCAGAACAUGCUCUCCUGUGGCUUCAUCCAUCCCAAGUAUGCCGACAGCUGUCCUGAGCACCACUUCCAGGACUUCUCAGCAACAGACCAGGACCUCAGCAAUGAACCAAACAUCUUUCUCUUCGUCCGGCCAAGAAAGUCUGCUGCUAAGGGCAUUGCCUGUAUUGUGCUGUCUUUGGUGGAUGGCAGCGGCUGUCCUAUCCAGUACAUGAGCUGUGCCCGGCCGUCCCAGCUUGGAUACCAGGAGGUGUUUUCAAGGCAAGACUUUGAGGCAAUCAUCCACACCCAGGAGUACCAGGCCAGCCCCACCAAGAGUCCAGGGCCUAUGGCAAUGCUGCAGUUCAAGGUAUGGGAGAGUGGCCGUGUUGAUCUGGCUGAGGUGAGGCGCUACCUGAUGGAUUCAAUACGCCAUGCACUGUGGGACGUCAACAUGGAGUACUGCCUGCUUACCGCCCCCAUUGUGCCCUCCUUGAGCGUCCCCCAGCACACCACACCAGCCUCUGAGCCCACCACACCCAAGAAAGAGGUGCGAGGACCCACUCUGAGGUCAGUGAGUUUGCUGGAGAGUGGCGGCAGCAGCAGCCCCCAGCGUGCCGAGGACCGCACACGUUCUGUCUCGGUGUCAGGUGUGCCUCCCCAUGUCUGCCUCCCCCGCAUGGCAAGCAGACUCGGGAGUAAGCGCAUGGUGCGGACUGGCGAGGGCAAAGGUGACGGUCAGCGGGAGCGUGCCCCGUCGCCACUCACUCUGGUGCAGGCCAGACUCCGCCUCAUGUCUAGCUCUGUGCCGGACCUCAAGGUGCGGGCGCGGCGGGCAUCCCUCCACUACCCCUGGGAUGGCUCGCCUGUGCUGGAGGUUAGCAACAGCCAGUCUGUCCAGGGCCACUCUCCCCUGAAAGUGAGGCACUCAGUGGACCUUGGUGUGGACCGCAGCAAGCUCCUUGGAGAUGAGGGGCCCUCGCUGCCACAGGAGCCAUGGGAGUACCCUGGGUCAUCAUCCUCCCUGCUGCACCCACUCUACCACACCAUCAUGCUGGAGUGGCUGGAGUUUGCCUCAGAGCUGGAGGAACGAGGGGAGCACACGCUGCGCAGAGAAUUGGGAGAGAAGAGUGGAGAGCAUGCUGUCAAGAGACACACUAUCACACUCACCACAAAGCACGCCGUGCCAGUCUUUUUGACGGAGCUUCAGAAGUGGCUGUCACAGAAUGCUGCUGACACUUCCACCAAGAUAUUUGAAGAGGUCCAGCAGGAAGAGGGAGACAGGGAGCAGGGAGGCUGCUUGGCUUACAAGCUGGUAGAAUCAAGCAAGAUCCCACCAGUGCUGAAGAGUGAUGCUAGUGGAGGCUACACACACACCAACUUCAUCAUCAUCAGCCGCAACAACCAACAGUGGUGGGCCACUCUCUUUGAGGAGAACUUCAAUGACUACUACAUUAAUACUGUCACUGCAAGCAAGAGUAGCCAGCGUUACCCCCCACUGGUGGUGUCUCCAAGGGGACGCUGUCUGAGUGGUGGGGACAUGGCUUUCUCCAGGCCAGAUGGCAACUCAGUCACCUCAAGCACAGGCCCUCCACCAUCCUCCACCUCCAUGCCUGUCACCCCCUUUACCACCAGUGCUGGGGGGGUUGCAUCCUCUUCAUUUUCAUCCUCAUCCAAUCCCAUAUCACCACCUGUCACUGUGCCCUCCACCCCCACCAGCACCACCAAUGCCAUGGGCUCAUUCUGGUCCACCGACAUGCCCGAUGUUGUGUUCAUUCCACGACAGAAGCUGCUGCUGGCCACACUGCGAGGGAUGGAGCUGGUCAUCUACACUUACAACUGGACCAAGGAGCAGUGUGACAACCUGCACUCCACCAUGACACGCCUUGCCCACUGGAGCACCGCCCGGAACCGCCUGCUGUCCACCAUUGUGCUGCAGAAGAUGGGGCUCUACCACAACCAGCCCUUCAACCGCAGGGCUCCUGUGAGGAAGGAUGAGGACAAUAACCUGUACGUCGGCAACCAGAGCCACGUGGACGCCCUCAUCAAGCUGCAGGCGCCGGCACGGGAGAGUCCCGGCACCACUGAGCGUGGCGGCAGGAGACCUCAGGGCAUGGUGUCGCUGCUGAACCUCACAGACAUCAGGGAGAGCCGGCCGCCCAGCCUCCUCGGCCUGCACCACUCCAACCUGAAAGAUUUGGAGCUGCGGCACGGCACUCAGAUGGCUGAGAUCAGGCGCCUUGUGGUGCAGAAAGAGACCCAGAGGAAGGUGCUACUCAAGAUGGUGGUUGAGACUCGGGGACACUCCAGCCCAAUGUUCACUGACAAGAUCCUGUCACUGUACAAACAGAAUGCUCGUAUUGUUCACUUCUGCCUCACACCUCUUCUCUUCCUUCCAAGGUGGAGGUGGCAGGUGGCAGCAACGCGGGACCACAGCCUGGUCAGCCCCGGCAGUGCAGAGAAGACAUUUGGCAUCAAAACUCCAGAGUCUCGAUCACGCCACGACUCUGGCAACUCCAUGAAGAGUGGAGUAAGUGGCAUUGCUCCAAGUGGACUGAGGCGAUCCUUCUCCCUCAAGUCCAGCGUGGUGGUGUCAGCCAGUCCAGGACAGCAGCGGCGGCGGCACAUGACAGGAGGUGGGGAUGAGAAGUGGCACGACGCUCUGUGCUCCAGCUAUCUGAAAGAAUACAUCCAGUACCUGCAGAGUCUGGGCUUCCUCACCCUUAACAUUACUCAGACACCUCAGCAAAGAGGUCGCCUUAACCGAGAAUCCGAAAGUCGAGGUUUCCGAGUGAAGGAGGUUCGCUUCAAUGAACAGGUGACCAAGGAACCAACCUAUCUCCUCAAGAAUGUUCUGGGAGGCACUAUACUGCUGGAGAUUGCCUUCUCAGAGCCAUACUUCUCUGUCAAGAUCUACGUGCUGGAGUCAUGCCGGCUGGAGACCAAGAAGCUCUCUUCUCAGAUGGAGGGAGCAGCUGAAGUUAAGCCUGGAGGUCCUCUCUCCUCACCGCUAUCCCCCACAACACCUCUCUUUCCUGAGGGUUGUCCUCCAGACCAGAUAGAGGACAAAUUUGCCAUCAACUCCUUCUUGGACAAAGUGGAUGACAUCAAGGUUCUGCUCCACCUGCAUUCCUUCACUUAUGACUUCCACCUACGGGCACUGUGUGCUUACGUGGCAGACCGGCAGCUGCUCUUCACCCGGGGCUACCACCUCUCCUCCUGCCUCUCAGACUUCAUUAAGUACUACAACAAAGGCCCAAACUUUGCCAGGAAUCUCAUCUACUCAGGUGCUCUCACCAUAGAAGACACAGGCACCCCCGGGGAGCAGCUGUACAACUACCUUCUGGCCAGAGAGAAACAGUACAAGAUGAAGGUUCUCCGCAUGACCCCAGUUAUUCUUGACCCUGAUGCUGUAAUGCACAACACAGAGUUCAUCCUGGUGCACACCAAGACCUGCCACGUGCACUACCGUGACGGCAACGACCAGCGAGUCUCCGACGACUACGACGUGACGCUGCUGGUCUCCCACAACACCACAGCCAACAGUCUGCUCCACCACCUCCACCUAAACUUCUACGUUAUCCUCACCAGCACACGUGAGAUGUACCCGAACCGCAUCCUGGAGAAGAAGAUGGGCCACUUCCGCACCGUGUCCAUUGCCCCCUCCCUUGGUCAGCGGUGGACUCCCUCCUCCACACACACAGAGAGUUGUGAACAUAGUGGAACAGACACUCCACCAAUCAUAACCACAACCACCACCACCUGUGAAGAAGCCUCUGACCCAACCAUAGCCACCCAGGAGGGCCUUCCUUCCUCUGUCAAGUCCUUCGGUGGCAUCAGGUCUGAGAGUGUCAACUACCUUGGCUACUACACCCAGUAUGAAGAAACCAUGCAGCGCACACUGGAGCAUCAGGCAGAGGAGGCUCGGACGCGCAUCCAUCACAUUUUUAACCAAGCCAAGAUUCAUUGCAGGCGAGAUUCAUUGUGGCAGCGCCUAACAGCCAGCCUGCGGGAGGAGGACAGACAGAAACUUCCCAGAGAACAGAUCCUUGGAGGUUUGAGCUUCAUUGAGUUAAGUGAACUGCUGAAUCUUGUGAGUGUGGAGCCUUUGGGAUCUGUGGACUCACAGCUGCUGCCUCUGCUCUCCAAGCCACUUCACUGGUACCAGGGGCUGAUCAGGGUGCUGCAGUCCAAGUACCAGGAGCGACACAGGAAUCUCACCUCCAGUGAUGGCAACAUCCAGCACGUGGUGGUCCUGAGUCCUGGCUGUCCUGACGCCUUCAUGAUGCUCUCCAUCAAUCUCCACCACCAAAAGGCUGAGUUGUGCUGUGUUUACAAGCAACUGAAGGAGGAAGGCACCAACCCUGUCUCAGACCAGAGGGUUCAAGCUCUCAUCCAAGACUUUGUCAAUGCUUGUUGUUUCCACCUGUGGAGCGGGCUGCUCUAGCACAGGUCAGGUCCAUCAUGGUCAUAUUUUGAAGUAUUUCACACUUGAAGACAACCAACCACUGAAAAUACAAACUUGACACCAGUGAAAUAAUGUAAAUAUUAACAGCUUCAGUCAGUAUUCAAGACAUGAGUGUGACAAAGUUGUUUUUGGAUUUCAUUUUCUAGGACAUGGCCUUGUUAUUAAUAAUGUACGAGAGGUAGUGUGCUGCUUAGAGAGAGAUCGUUUGUACUUUGCAGAUGCAUUUUCUGUCAGAAAUGUACACUCAAAUAUACAAAGUCUGUGAUGCAGAAUGCAGCAUACUCUUAACUAGUCAGUCAUCAGAAAUUAUUGUUCAUCACACAACUUUUGUUGUUGAAAAAAAAGUAUAUGUCUUUCUUGUCAUAAUACAAUGCCUAACUUGAUACAUUCAGUAUGGAGUGAGAAAAGGAACUUAAGUAUUCUCAUGGAACCAAUGUGUGUUCUGGGAUCUUGUGAGACUACUGCUGUAGCCAGUAAGCCCUGGCCAUGUUGGGGAGUGGGACAACCUAGAUAUUGGGAUGGCUGCAACAGGAAUGCCAACAUGGUAGUGGAAGGGACUCCUAUUAAAGUGCCUGAUUUGUUUUUCUUUUUUUCUAGAAACAAUAGGAUUAUGAAAUCCAGACUGUCAGGACAUCUGUCAUUUUGGCAAAGACUUUCACCUGUGAUAUUAGAUGUUUCCCUUGUUAGAGCUUUAGAUUAGAACAUUUUGAUUUCUAGUUCUUUAGCAGCAAGAAAAGAUUAAGAAGUUAUCAAGAUUUGGCGUAAAUGAUUCUCAUCAGAAAAAAGAAGCUUUACUUUCAGCAUUAUUCAUUUCCCAGCAUUGAGAAGCCUUUCAGUAUAUAUCUGCCUCAGAGUAGGUCUAACUUGGCACACAUCUUGUUUGGAAGCAAAAACAGUGAAGGCAGAAAACUGAGUAGAUAAUAAAA